CUUUUUUACCUGCGUACUCAUGUCACACACUGUGUGUUUCUCUCAGUGGAUGUGACUCUGGAUCCUGAUACAGCUCAUCCCAAUCUCAUCCUGUCUGCUGAUGGAAAACAAGUGAAAGACGGAGACACACGACAGGAUCUCCCUAAUACACCACAGAGGUUUUAUCCAGGUGUUAAUGUUCUGGGAAAGUAGAGUUUCUCCUCAGGGCGAUUUUAUUAUGAGGUGCAGGUCAGAGGGAAAACUAAAUGGACAUUAGGAGUCGCCAGAGAGAGCAUUAACAGGAAGGGGAAGAUUACACUGACUCUUCAGGAUGGAUUCUGGACUGUGGCUCUGUGGGAUGAGAAUCAGUACUGGGCUUGUGCUGGUCCCUCUGUCCCCCUCACACUGAGAGAGAAGGUGGAGAAGGUGGGGGUGUUUGUGGAUUAUGAGGAGGGUCUGGUCUCCUUUUAUGAUGUGAAGUCCAGCUCUCAUAUCUACUCUUUCACUGCUCAGUCUUUCACUGAGAAACUCUAUCCAUUCUUCAAUCCUUGUUUAAAUAAAGGAGGUAAAAAUUCAGCACCACUGAUCAUCUCUCCUGUAUUUAACACUGAAUGAAUUUUCACC